UUGCAAACACAUUGUUCAUUAAACACAUCUUUAAUAAACAAUCUUACAAAUACAUCAUGGUGGGUGGCGAUGGUGGCCGUGGCAUUCAAGUUCUCAACAUUUCCAAUGUUAAUGCCCAGGGCAAGACUGUUCUGAAUGAUGGCAAGCUGUUGGAGUUGAUACAACAAUAUCCCUUUAUCUACAAUCCUCGAGUGAGGUCUUACGGAGACCCAGACUAUACGAUGUGGGCAUGGAAACGUAUUAAUGCUGCCUUUAAUCGCAGCUAUGAAAACGAUCCCUUUGCGGCAUUUUCUAUAUCCGAUUUAAUCAGUCGCUGGCAAGUUUUAAAACCUUUAAUACAAUGCCUGAGCAAGGCAUAUGAUCUACAGGCCAUACCCAGCUCUUUAAGGCAAUCUGUGCUGCACAUCAAUGCUGAAUUGGAGGAUCCAAGAUCGAAUUCAAAUCCGAAAUCCAAUAACCCGGCCCAGAAUCUUUUACAAGACUACAUGCCAGAAAUUGCUGAAUUGCCGCUGGAAAAACGUUUAGCCCUGGAGAAAGAUAUCUUGGAGGUAUUAUUCCGGACUGAAUUGGAUAGUAAACAGGUGAAAAUGCUAGAUUUCAAUGAGGCGAAACAAGCCAAUCAUGAAGCUGAUGACUUGCUUAACGAUAUCGGUUUCAAAGCCGUCUUUGAAAGAGCAUGGAAACAAAGAAGACUGAUGAAUAACAACACAGAUGUUGCAAAACAACUAUAUGGUAUCAAUCCAGCAAGAUUAGUUCGCUUAUCGGAGGCCCACAAGCAUAUACGGCCGUGUUAUGUUAAUGUUAAGCGCAUGAAUUUGGAAGAUUAUCUUCCAUUGGCACAAAUUAAGAAAUUCUAUAGCAAAAGAUAGUUGUGAAGAUAAAUAACCCUGUGCACUAGGGUAAGAAACCCGGAACCGGUCUGAGUAUUUUCACAAGCAUGUUCGUCACCAAACUGAUUUUGAGCUCCAACUAAGGCAUAGUGUUAUUUUUCUAUAACGAAUUGUAGCUCCUACAAACUAAUAAAUAAUAUAAAUGUAAGUUUUAAUUGAGUAAGUUAUGGAUAAGAAAGAUUUUGCCAUUGAAUAAAAUAAUCUACAUUUUAUCCCAAACUUUACAUCUUUCACACCUGAUGGUAUUUAUUAGCUUCUAAUUCAUCUUAUGAUAAUAUUAAUAAAUCAUAAAACGAAUGCGAAAACUUGGAGGUAAUAUUUAACAAUAAUGGCAUGAGGACUACAUCUGGCACCAUAUUUUUGUUUGUCUACAUGAGGGAGGAAGAUCUUACUGAGUAUAUAAAGAAAUCGUCACCCCACAGACCAGAAACUCACACUUAAUAAUUGGAUUGUUCUCAAAACUGGUGGAAACAAUGUUGAAAGUCAACGUGAUUAUCGAAGUGAGCUUCAAUAUGGACAUCUAAGUUUAAUUUAGUAGACAUUAUUGGUAGAAACGGCUAAAUAUUUAUUUUUAG